AUGGAAUUGGCGGACUUUUAUUUCCGGGCAAAUCCUCCUCAUCGGCGACUCCUCACACGCCCUCAUCCCCGGCGACGUCACAUACGUCGUAUUCGCGGGACGUCUCGGAAUCCUCCAGAGUUUCCCGCCGCAGUACGUCGCCGGAUCUUACUCCCUAAACGAAGAAGAAUCCGCCGCUCUUCUCAGAAGCCAAUCCAACGGCCUGAUCUUCAAGCUCCGGCCGGACCAAACCCUACCCGAACCGGACGAAAGCAGCGGUCUGGUUUUAACAUAUACGACGCCGUUCCGGACGCCCGACUGGAGGCCGGCGGGUCAGUGACGGCCGUGACAGAGGAUAAAUUUCCGUUCAUUGGGAAGUCUGGGCUGACGGCGGUGCUCGAGAAGCUUGAGGCUAACGCCGUUAGGGCACCGGUCUACGUGGCGGACCCGUCGGUGCAACUUAUUUAUGUGAGUCGCGGGUCGGGUCGGAUUCGGGUGGGCGGGUUUUUGGGGAAAAUGGAUUCGGAGGUGAAAGCGGGGCAGCUGGUUUUGGUUCCAAAGUACUUCGCCGUCGGGAAGGUCGCCGGCGAUGAGGGAAUGGAGUGCUUCUCCAUUAUCACAACUACACACCCUCUAAUAGAAGAAUUGGGAGGGAAAGAUUCGAUUUUUGGGAGUUUAUCAGCACAAGUUUUUCAAGUUUCAUUCAAUGUCACAGCUGAGUUUGAGAAGCUUCUCAGGUCAAAGAUAACAAAAGCCUCACCCCUGGUUCCUCCCUCAAAUCAUGGAAAACCCUAACUCCCAAUAUCACUGUCGACAUGUCGUUUUGGACUCUCUACAUCGUCGACCAUCGUCAUGUGCCUUCAAUUAUUGGGUUGGUCAAUAAUGCAACGUGUGCCGUAGUGUACUGGUUUCUAAUUAUGAGCACAAAAUAAAUAAUAAUAAUAAUAAUAAUAAUAAUAAUAAUAAUAAUAAUAAUAAUAAAAGGCUAUUUUGUGCGAUCUUGAAUUGAUGUGUGUCCAGCAUGUAAUAAUGUGACAAAUAUAUGUGAUUUUUUUAGUAA